AUGCUACCGAAAGAUGUGGUUGCCGCCACUCGGCGCCAGGUCUCGUGCAGAGACACGCAGAUCAAACUUCUCAGCGUCCUGCUCUCAGAGAAGGCCCAGGAAAUGCCCCAAUCGAUACUGGUGCAUGGCGAGCCCUCGACGGGCAAAUCGACUGUUCUCAAGCAUCUUCUGAAGCAGAGUUCCAUCAACCACUCCAUCAUUCUCGCAGAACAAUGUCUGACGACCCGAAUUCUGCUUCAGCGCACGUUUCGGGCCGUGGUGGAGGACAGCGGCAAGACUCUUGCUGACGACUUUGAGAUCAUCUGUGAGAACGUGACGGCCUUCAUGGCGCUGCUGGAACGGUUCAAGGCCCAGUACGACUUUACAAAGCCGCACGUGAUUGUUCUGGAUGGCCUCGACAAAUUGCAUGAAAACCCCAGUGAAAUCUACCAUUGUUUCACCCGACUCAACGAAAUGACCAGCAUUCGAAACGUGAGUUUCAUCUUCACCAUUUCGACCCUGGAACCAAGGGCGCUCAUAACCUCCAGCAUCCCGCACGUCCGCUUCACCAGAUACACCAAGGAAGAAGUCGUCACAAUUCUCUCAGAGCAUGAAUUGUGCAGACUUCCACAAACCAUACUGUCUGAAGCAGCUAAGAACGGCACCGAAGAAGAAAAAGAUGUCCUCUCUCGCCAGUUCUGGGGCUCGUAUUGCCAGGUUCUUGUUGACGCCCUUUCUCCUUACGCCUCCUCGGACGUGAGCCUCUACAAGCAGAUUGCACGCCGAAUCUGGCCUGUCUACGUCGAUCCAGUCAUCACGGGGUCUGCAGACAUGCGCGAAACGGCCAAAUUGUACGUCCAGAGCCAGCACAUCUUUUCGUCCGAGUUUGCUGUCGCAGAUUCUCUUGUUCAGCCCGGAAUGGAGGAGGCGCUGAAACGCAAACGAAACAAUGAGCAGGACUUGACUGGCAGCUACGAUCUGCCCUUGCAUUCAAAGUACAUCCUUGUGGCGGCAUAUCUAGCUUCCUACAACCCCGAGCGGUACGAUAUCCGGUUUUUUUCCAAGCAAAAGGACGGACGAAAGGGCAGACGAGACACCGGUCGAAGAAAACGACUGACGCUCAACCCUCGGAUGCUGGAGGCUCCUCCGUUUGAGCUGGAGCGAAUGCUUGCGAUUCUGCAUUCUAUUUCACCCGAGGAACAGUUUGGUACUGCUGCUGGAGUUCAGAGCAUGUCUAAUAUUGAUUUGCCGGGCCAGAUUGCCACGUUGACGACUCUCAAGUUGCUGGUGAGAACAAGUGGGGAUCCUCUGGACUCGAGAACAAAAUGGAAGGUAAAUGCUGGUUGGGGGUUGAUUGAGCGACUGGCGAGGGAUAUCGAGCUACCUAUUCAUAACUACUUGUUGGAUGAGAAUGAGUGA